CAAUGGAGUCUUUCUCUUCUAAGACAAAUUCAACUGACCUACCCUCACAGCCCUGGGAUGAACCCCAAGUAAUUCUCUCCAUGGUCAUUCUCAGUUUCACUUUCCUACUGGGAUUGCCAGGCAACGGGCUGGUGCUGUGGGUGGCUGGCCUAAGGAUGCAACGGACAGUGAACACAGUUUGGUUUCUCCAUCUCACCUUGGCUGACUUUCUCUGCUGCCUCUCCCUGCCCUUCUCCCUGAUUCACUUGGCUCUCCAAGGACAUUGGCCCUACGGCUGGUUCCUGUGCAAGCUCAUCCCCUCCGUCAUCAUCCUCAACAUGUUUGCCAGCGUCUUGCUGCUGACUGCCAUUAGCCUGGACCGCUGUCUUUUGGUACUCAAGCCGAUCUGGUGCCAGAAUCAUCGGAACGUGGGGACAGCCUUCACUAUCUGUGGAUGCAUCUGGGUGGUGGCUUUUGUAAUGUGCAUACCUGUGUUUGUAUACCGGGAAACAUUCACUAUAGACAACCAUAGUAUGUGUGGCUACAAUUUUGAUCUCUACGGCUCAUUAGAUUAUCCAGAUUUCACCUUUGAUCUACUGGAAAACGGGUCUCUUGACAACGCCAUUGUUGAGCUGCCCGAAGACAUGGAUGAUAGGUUAGAGUCUUUCUUUCUACAAACAAAUGAUCGUCCUUGGACAGCCGCCACUGGCCUCCGUUCUCAAAUAUUUCAGAAAACUUCUGGAGAUCCACUCCCUACGGAUUCAGCUGGAUUAUCUGUUCAACAACCAUAUUAUAAUGUAUUUAAACCUGUUCAUGAGGUCUCAGCUACAGUCCCCAGUGACUUUCUCAUUGAAGAUCACAGAACUAACCCACUGGAGAACUCUGAUGCUUUUCUCCCUGCUGAUUUCGAGCAUUUCUCUAGUGCCUCCAGAAAUUCCUCAAACACAUCUACGCUAUCAGAAGCUUUCCAGAGUGAUGAUUUAAGCCAAUUUGCGUAUGACUAUCCAGUGCCAAAACCCCAGGUAGCAAUAACCAUCACUAGGCUCGUGCUGGGUUUCCUGCUUCCCCUCCUCAUCAUGGUGAACUGUUACAGCCUCAUUAUCUUCCGAAUGCGUCGGAGCCGCUUCACCAAGUCUCGGAAGAAAACCUUGAGAGUGGCUAUGGUGGUGGUGACUGUCUUCCUGGUCUGCUGGGCUCCGUACCACAUUGUUGGAGUCCUCUUAUUGUUUAUUGACCCAGAAACUCCCUUUGGGGAAGCUCUGUUGUCCUGGGACCAUGUGUCUCUUGCUCUAGCAUCUGCCAAUAGUUGCUGCAAUCCCUUCCUCUAUGCCCUCCUGGGCAAAGAUUUUAGGAAAAAAGCAAGACAGUCCAUGCAGGGAAUUCUGGAGGCAGCUUUCAGUGAGGACUUGACACACUCUACCAGCUGCCCCCAAAACAAAGUCUCUUUGGAAAAAAACAGUAUCAGUACAGUUGUGUGAAAAUACAGAGCAGUUGAUCCAAGCAGAGGUUCUUAGGCAUUCACCCAGUGCAUCAUGUUUCUAAAAAGGCAAGAGAGAUGGGGAGCAGGUGAUUUCAGAAACCGUCAAAGAAUCAAGACGUUUAAUCCAGAGAGUCUUAAAGUGUGGUCCCAGGCUAGUGGCAUCAGUAUCACCUGGAAAGUUGAUAGAAACACAAAUUCUCCAGCCCCACCCCAAACC